AUGGGUUUUCGCAUGUCAGCAAUUGUUCAAGCCAAGCAUGUAAUCCGGCGGGCUCUAUCCACUUCAUUAUCUGUGGAUGUUGUACCCAAAGGCCAUCUUGCAGUAUAUGUUGGAGAAACAGAGAGAAAACGCUACAUAGUCCAAGUUUCAUACUUGAAGUAUUCUUCUUUCCAGAGUUUGUUGUACAAGGGAGAAAAAGAGUUUGGGUUUGAUCACCCAAUGGGUGGUCUUACAAUUUUCUGCACAGAAGAAGAUUUUAUUGACAUCACUAGAAGUUUGAAUUGA